AUGGCUCAUGACUCUUCCAUCACCGAUACAUCCAGCACUCUCCUCCGUCGGCAUGGCUGCCGCGAGCACCACCACUUAACCAACAUUUGGUGUCGUGACUCGGAUAGACCACCAAGGACCUCUGUGACCACUGGCUGCCACUUGCCGCCUCCUCCCCCAUCCAGCAAGACCGUGAGACCACGAGGGCGCAUGCGUCCCUCACCUCCGCUGGACCCACACACAGCUACCACUACUGAUACCGCCAUGAUUCUUCACCACAGGCACUUAAUCUUAAUUUUUUUUGGGGGGGGGGUUUGUUUGUUUUUCGAGACAGGGUUUCUCUGUGUAGUUUUGGUGCCUGUCCUGAUCUCACUCUGUAGACCAGGCUGGCCUCGAACUCAGAGAUCCGCCUGGCUCUGCCUCCCGAGUGCUGGGACUAAAGGCGUGCGCCACCGCCGCCGGGCUAAUCUUAAUCUUUCUAAUGCAGAUCUGUCAAAGGAGGUCGAACACCCAAAACCACAAGCCUCUCUGGAAACUAUUAGGAGGCAAGAAGAGAAAAGGGAAGAUCAAGAAAAGAAAGUCAUUCCACCAGAAAUCGAGCCAAUUACAAGGGGAAGCGAGGCCCCCGCAGAUGCAGAGGGCGAGGUCCCGGCCAGCGAAGUGGCUGAGGUGGGCGAGGUGAUCGAGGUGGGAGAGGCCGAUGAUAUGGAGCACGGGCAGGGCGUUAACAAGACCCCUCGGCCACGAAAGCACUACUCCUUCACCGAGGCCACCGAGAACCUGCACCACGGGCUGCCCACGUCCUGCGGGCAGGCCUCGGGCAGCCCACGCUGCCGCCACGGCGUGAACAAGCACCGCAGUGACCAGGAGCUGCGGCUGGAGUCUGCCGGCUACGAGCCCUCAUUCGGCAAGGCCGCCAGGGCCAAAGCCAAGGAGACAGCGUUCCGGGACAAGAAGAACAGCCUCAUGGAGGAGCUGUUCGGCACAGGCUUUGCGGACAGGGAUGACCCCACCAAUGACCCCACCAAUGGCAAGGCGGCCAGCAAAGCCCAGCAGCUCGGGCCUGGCCAGGCCUCCGCCAGCAACGCCUUCGGGGACUCCAGAGCCACUGUGGUGCGGUCCAUCCAGGCCUCACCCACCGAAGGAAACAGGAAAACAGUUAUUUAAAUGCAACAGUAGCUUAAAACAUCCUGGUUUAUAUACUAGUUACAUGCCUUUAAUCUUAUUUACCAUGUGAGGGCUUACAUAGUGUGUUUUAGUACUUCGGUGGGCUGUGGGUAAUUUGGGUAAUUUGCUUUAUUGCUA